GCGGGCUGGCGGACUUUGGGGCCGCGGAAAGAUGGCUACCGCCAGACGGGCGGCAACGGGAUGUGGAGAAAUUAGGAGUGUUGGGCUCUGGUAGCCGCAGAUGAGGGAGAUGAGAGAGGGAGGGAGGUCGACGUGCUUCGGUGUAGCAGCAAGACCCAUGGUAAACUUGGGGGAGCCGUCGAAGUGAUGAGGUAGAGACAGGAGCGGUCCCAGACGUGCAAAAGUUGGACCAAGGGUUUAAUACGAACCGAAGUGUUAAGAUGGCAGUGUAGAGGAAGAGUUUGACUCUAGGGAGUUAUUCCAGCCUUUCUAAGAAAGGAAGAAGCAAGGCUUAGAAGUUGAGAAAGUUAGACUAGAUAUGUUUUUCUUUUUUUUUUUCUUUUUUCUUUUUUUUUGGUUUUUCGAUAGAUAUGCUUUUCUAGGAAAGACCGCAGUGACUUUGUUGAUGCCUCAUCCCCGAAGGUACCAUUCCUCAGAGAGAGGUAGCCGGGGGAGUUAUCAUGAACACUAUCGGAGCCGAAAACACAAACGAAGAAGAAGUCGCUCCUGGUCAAGUAGCAGUGACCGGACAAGGCGGCGGCGGAGGGAGGACAGCUACCAUGUUCGGUCCCGAAGCAGCUAUGAUGAUCAUUCAUCUGAUCGGCGGCUGUACGAUCGUCGAUACUGUGGCAGCUAUAGGCGCAAUGACUACAGCCGGGACAGAGGCGAGGCCUACUAUGACACAGACUUUAGGCAUUCCUAUGAAUACCAUCGAGAGAACAGCAGUUACCGAAGCCAGCGCAGCAGCCGAAGGAAACACAGAAGGCGGAGAAGACGUAGCCGAACAUUCAGCCGCUCAUCUUCACAGCACAGCAGCCGGAGAGCCAAGAGUGUAGAGGACGACGCUGAGGGCCACCUCAUCUACCACGUCGGGGACUGGCUACAAGAGCGAUAUGAGAUUGUAAGCACCUUAGGAGAAGGGACCUUCGGCCGAGUUGUGCAGUGUGUAGACCAUCGGAGGGGUGGAACACGAGUUGCCCUGAAGAUCAUUAAGAAUGUGGAGAAGUACAAGGAAGCUGCUCGACUAGAAAUCAACGUGCUGGAAAAAAUCAAUGAGAAAGAUCCUGACAACAAGAACCUCUGUGUCCAGAUGUUUGACUGGUUUGACUACCAUGGCCACAUGUGUAUCUCCUUUGAGCUUCUGGGCCUUAGCACCUUCGAUUUCCUCAAAGACAACAACUACCUGCCCUACCCCAUCCACCAAGUGCGCCACAUGGCCUUCCAGCUCUGCCAGGCCGUCAAGUUCCUCCAUGAUAACAAGUUGACACAUACGGACCUCAAACCUGAAAAUAUUCUGUUUGUGAAUUCAGACUACGAGCUCACCUACAACCUAGAGAAGAAGCGAGAUGAACGCAGCGUGAAGAGCACAGCCGUGCGGGUGGUGGACUUCGGCAGUGCCACCUUUGACCAUGAACACCAUAGCACCAUUGUCUCCACUCGCCAUUACCGAGCCCCAGAGGUCAUCCUGGAGUUGGGCUGGUCACAGCCGUGCGAUGUAUGGAGCAUAGGCUGUAUCAUCUUUGAGUACUACGUUGGCUUCACCCUCUUCCAGACCCAUGACAACAGAGAGCAUCUAGCCAUGAUGGAAAGGAUCCUGGGUCCUGUCCCUUCUCGGAUGAUCAGGAAGACAAGAAAACAGAAAUAUUUUUAUCGGGGUCGCCUGGAUUGGGAUGAGAACACCUCAGCUGGGCGCUACGUUCGUGAGAACUGCAAACCACUUCGGCGGUAUCUGACCUCAGAGGCAGAGGACCACCACCAGCUCUUCGAUCUGAUUGAAACUAUGCUAGAGUAUGAACCUGCUAAGCGGCUGACCUUAGGUGAAGCCCUUCAGCAUCCUUUCUUCGCCUGCCUUCGGACUGAGCCACCCAACACCAAGUUGUGGGACUCCAGUCGGGAUAUCAGUCGGUGACAAUCAGGCUUUGGGCCCCCUGCUCCCUGUGUAGCAGUGGGUGUCCAGUCCAGGACACUGGUGCUUUUUAUACAAAAGAACAGAGCCAGAACUCGCCCUCUCUCCAGCCCCUGGCUCCUUUAUACCUGUGAAUAUGUGCAAUAGUGUAAAUAUGACAGAACUUGUACCUAUCGAGUCAACCCCUGCCAUGUAUAUACUACUAUUUACACUCUUCCAACCUCAUCUGCCCCUCAUGUGGAGUCGGAUGGGGGGCAGAAUGACGUAACCAGGUGGUGUCUACCCAUGUUUUAUAAGGGAUUUUGUACAGUCUUUGUGAAAUAAAAUGACAUGCUUCAUCUGACCCCCCCA